CCGCGCGUCGCCUUAUCCUGGGGAUAGUUAAGAGGUCCGUAUCCCAACUCGCCUUCGACCGCACGCAAAACGACAGACGACAGACGACAGAAAUGGACCACUCCCAACACCACCACGCCGCCAGCGCCGCAGGAAUGGACGACGAAAUGAUGUCCAUGCCCAACACUGGACACCGCUGCCAGAUGUCCAUGCUGUUCACAUGGAACACGCAAGACCUGUGCCUGGUCUUCCGGUGGUGGCACGUCUCCGGGCCGCUGUCGCUCGUCCUCUCGCUCCUCGCCGUAGUCGCGCUCGGCAUGGGCUACGAGUACCUGCGCCUCGCCAGCCGACGGUACGAAGCGCGGUGCGCGGGAUUAUCCAUCUCGACCGCUGCCACCACCACCACGCGCCGCGGGAACCCGCGCGGACACGUAACGAAGGCGCUGUUCUACGGCGCCCAGGUGUUCUAUUCCUUCUUCAUCAUGCUGCUGUUCAUGACGUACAAUGGCUGGGUGAUGAUCAGCGUGGCGGUCGGAGCGGUGCUGGGAUACCUCGUCUGGGGCGCCGAGGCGAGUGUCGAGAAGAGUGUUGCUUGCCAUUAG